AUGGGUGUCGGGAUAGGUGUGGGGACCGAGAAGGGGCACAUUGCCAACUGUUAUCCAAAGAGCCAUCCCAGCUCUGUCAACAUAACAUUGCUGGGGGAGGAGUUGCUGAACUCUGCUCAGGCCACAGCUGGGGGAAAAGAAGGCUCCUAUCAGGGCCGCACAGCUGGCCAGGAGCAGGGCAGGGCUGACACAGGCUCCACUUCCCUCAGUGUGGCCUCUGCCCUUCCUGGAACAGCCAUCCAAACUGAGCCACAGGCCCCUUCAAGAGAUCCACUGUGCCCACAAUACCCAGCUGCGGUCCACGACCAGGGCAUAGGCAUUGCUGUGGGUGGGAAGCUGUUCGUAAUAUACCGCGCAUGGCUCGGACCCGAGACCCUGCAGUGGACACCAUGGACCCGCCACCCCGCGAGGGCUCCCCAGGUGGGACCAGGACAGUCUGGGAAGCUGACUCUGUGGAUACCGUUGCUCCAGCACUUCCUUUCUGUGCUCCAACCUCACUUUCCUUUCCAACUAGGGAGCAAAAACUUCAUCGAGGAAACCACCGAGUACCUUCAGCGCUCGUCAGGGAGGGGAGAUCUGCGGCUGCUGCUGACUGAAGAUGGAGCCUGGGAGGCCUUCGUGGCUGAGGCUGAGUUGUCCAGAGCUGAUGCAGACGCACUGCGUGAUGCUCUCAAUGACCUCACAGCAAACAUGGCUGAGGAAGACCAAGACAGGCUCCAGCAUGAGCUGCAGGACACGGAGAAGUUUGUGGAAAAGUUUCCUCAGGUGAAACUGGAACUCAAGGAACACAUCAGGACGCUCCAGGCCCUUGCAGACAGGGUUGACAAGGUUCACAGGGACUGUACCAUCUCCAAGGUGGUGGCUGGCUCCACCAGCACUGUCUCUGGGGUCCUGACCCUCCUUGGCCUCGCUCUGGUACCUGUGACAGCUGGGGCCAGUCUGGUGCUCUUGGCAACGGGGAUGGGCCUGGGAGCAGCAGCGGCCGUGACUAGUGUCUCUACUGGUAUCGUGGACCACACAAGUGAGUCGUCGGCCAAAAUGAGAGCCAGCCACCUGGUGUCAAGCAGCAUGGACACAGUGAAGAUGGUUGCAGAGGCCGUGGUUCAUUCAGGGCCCCGAGUCUAUAAGUUAUCUGAGAAUUGCUGCCGAGUCCUGCAAUGCCUUCAACGGAACAUCAACGCCAUCAAGCUCACCAAAGCCAACCCUGCCUUAGCAAGCAGUGCCAAGCGCCUCUUGACCAUGGGGAGCAUCUCUGCCCAAAGUGGGAAGCAGGUGAAGAACGCCUUUAGGGGCAGUGCCCUGGUCAUGAGCAGAAGAGCCUGGGUCAUGAAUGCAGCCACCAUAGGUGUGGCCCUCGUUGGGGAUGUGAUCGGCCUUGUGAAAGAAUCCAAACAUUUGCACAAGGGCGCAAAGGCACAGUCGGCUGAGGAGUUGAGGCAGCAGGCUCGGGAGCUGGAGAAGAAAUUGGAGGUGCUCAUCCAGAUCCAUGAGAGUUUGCAGUCAGGAUCAACUCAGUAGCAGGCUUCCUC